AUGAAUCAACAACACCAUCUUGCCUUUGGCAAGACCGAGCCCGACAUGGACCGUUCAAACUCGCCACACAUUUCCGACCAUUCGGCCUAUUCUGCCCAUACCAUGCCGCGAUCCUACCACUCUCCCGCCGUCAUGCAGACGCCCAUGCACAUCCCGAGCUCUAUGCCUAAUACUAUGCACGUGCAAGGCUUUCCCGACAUGCAGCACAUGGCUGGCGUCCCCAAUAUGGCCAUGGCGCACAUGCCGCCACCGACCCCGGUCGAUGACGGCAAGAAGCAAAAGACACAUCAGUGCAGCACCUGCGACAGCGCCUUUGCGCGCCGAAGCGAUCUCAGCCGCCACGAGCGCAUUCACUCUGGAAAUAGACCCCACACAUGCGACGUCUGUGGGAAGCAGUUCAUUCAAAGAUCUGCCCUGACCGUUCACAAGCGCGUCCACACUGGCGAGAAGCCGCACCAGUGCGAAACCUGCGGCAAGAAGUUUGGCGACAGCAGCUCCCUUGCUAGACAUCGACGGACGCAUUCCGGCCAGCGACCCUACGUUUGCCCCUUUGCCGACUGCCAAAAGACAUUUACGCGAAAGACGACCUUGACGCGCCACAAGAGCAACCAUGUUGGCACUGUCGAGCAAUCAGCCGUAGCGCGAGCGGCCGCCUUGGCCAGCGCUGGCUCCAAGAAUCUCGUCCAGGCUCGCUCCGAUGGAGACCAUCUCUCCAGCCAUGGCUCGCCUCUAACAACGCCCUCGCCUGCCCAGCGCGCCAUGUCCAUGUCUCCUGGCAUGGACCUAGCGGCCGGCCUAAACCGCCAUCCCGCCGAAUUCCAAUAUCUGCAGCAGGGAGGGCCGCUGCCCGCCCACCUUCGCGUCGGCAGCCCUACAUCGACAUCAAGCGGUUAUAGCAACCCCGGCGCGAUGCGCCCGACCUCGCAUCCUGCCAGCUAUGGACCGCCUCCCACUCUCGAGCCCAGCGUGGAGCACCACCAGCAAGGUUCAAAUAACGGCAGCACCGCCAGCAGCCCUCACAUGAGCAAUAUGGGCUGGCAGUCGCCUUCCCAACAUAUCCAGUCACCGUCGCAGCACAUUCCAUCGCCCGCUCACAGUGCUGCUGCAGGCUACGUGUAUCCUGACCCGGACACGUAUCCUCCCACGACGGCCGCGAUGAACCAGAUGUACUAUAACCCGCCGCCACAGAUGCGACGACCUCAGAGCGCUGAACCAGGGCUGGUCCACAUGGCCUAG